AACUGAUAAAAUACGAUGGGCGGAGUGGCCUCCUGUGGACGAAUCAGAUUCCUCCUCAGCCCCGACUUCAAGAGGUGGGCCACGGGUUCAGGGUCCCAGACACCCAGGAGGCAGCAGCAGCAGCAGCGAGUGUGGUGGGGAAGACUAGAGGCCAGAACCAUGGAAGACCAGCGCGACCUUAUCUCCAACCAUGAGCAGCUGCCCAUUCUGGGCCAGCGCCCUGCAGCCCCGGAGAGCAAGUGCAGCCGAGGAGCCCUGUACACAGGCUUUUCUGUCCUGGUGGCUCUGCUCCUGGCCGGCCAGGCCACCACUGCCUACUUCCUGUACCAGCAGCAGGGCCGGCUGGACAAGCUGACGGUCACCGCACAGAACCUGCAGCUGGAGAACCUGCGCAUGAAGCUUCCCAAGCCUGCCAAGCCUUUGAACAAGUUGCGGGUAGCCACCCCCAUGCUGAUGCAGACGAUGCCCAUGCAAGGCCUGCUCCAGGCGCCCGUGCAGAACGUCACCAAGUAUGGCAACAUGACACAGGACCACGUGAUGCACAUGCUCCUGGAGGGUGACCCUCUGAAGGUGUACCCGCAGCUGAAGGGGAACUUCCCGGAGAACUUGAAACACCUUAAGAACACCAUGGGGACCCUGGAUUGGAAGGUCUUCGAGAACUGGAUGUAUCAGUGGCUCUUGUUUGAAAUGAGCAAGAACUCCCUGGAGAAGCACCCCGCCGACAUUCCACUGAAAGUACUGACCAAGUGCCAGGAAGAGGUCAGCCGCAUUCCCGCCGUCCACCCUGGCACGUUCAGGCCCCAGUGCGACGAGAACGGCAACUAUAAGCCGCUCCAGUGCUAUGGGAGCACCGGCUACUGCUGGUGCGUCUUCCCCAACGGCACCGAGGUCCCCCACACCAGGAGCCACGGGCACCGUAACUGCAGUGAGUCAGUGGACAUUGAAGACCUGUCAUCUGGGCUGGGCAUGACCAAGCCGGACCUGGGCCAAGUGGUCAUGUGAACAGCAGACACAGACGCCAGCACACAACCAGCCCUGCAUGGCCACUGCUUCCCUGCUCCCCUCUCUCCUCCCACCCUAGCCCCUCUCCCCUCCCUUACACACCGCUCCCCUGCUCACCAGCCCCCCUUCUGCGCCUCCUUCCAUGACACCCUGGCACCUGGCUCUCCAUCGUCCUUGGACACGCGUCCUGUCAGAGCAGCACAGAUUUAACGAUGCUGUCCAACCCCCAUAUAUCAGCAGGGAUGCACGGCCCACGAAGGUGAACCAAGAGCUAGGCUGACCCCCAGUUCAGCCUCCAACAUGGAGCCCCAAGAUCCAGGCCCAUGGACGAAGUGGGAAGGUGCAGGGAGAGGGCACGAUGCUUCCCUACACCCAACAUGUUUGCUGUCGCUCUCUUUCGGCCUUGGCUUUGUAGCCUAUUUAACUAGGGGGGAUGAGCCACUCUUUCCCUCUAGCGACACUCACCCAGGAAGAACCAGCCUCUCCAAAACCCCACCUCCCUUUCUGCCAACCCCCAGUUCCCUGUGUGCAGUCAAGCUUGUCAUUAGCCCCCAGGGCUGAGGCUCUGAGAAUAAAACAUAGUAAGUAGACCA